CAAACAAUCGUCCUGCGAAGCGCUCGUCCUGGCCGCCGAUCGGGCCGGCGAUGUUUUCGACGUCGUCCCGCACGUCGAUUAGGGGGUUGUUUGCCGGUUCGCAGGUAUAAAGCCGCCCCGGACGGGCUGGCCAAGUGCAGUUUUUGAUUGUGGUGUGUGUGCGUAACUGGUGCAGUGAUGAUCGCGAACAAUCUUAAGGAGAAGGAUCUGUAUCCUUGGCAGGGGAUCAGUCUGACGUGCAUAAGGCUUCUGCAGCUGUACGCGAGGGUUUUCGACCAAGAUUUGCACCAAAGUGCGAGAAAAACCUGCACGAACUGCAAAUGUGCGAGGGACUCCCACGAAGUGGUGCCGGAAAAUGGGGCCAGGUCGCGACUGGGCUUGGUCAAGAACAUCGACGGUCUGGACGCCAGAACUUUGGGCUACACCUUCGUGCCUCCCGGUUUGACAUCCGCCCGACAGGUCGAACAGUAUUAUUCCACACUGCCUUCACACGAAGUUCCGAAACUGGGAUCAAAGGGCGAAUUGGCCCGGAGUCAAAGAUUAGUCAGGCAGCUGCCGAAACAGGAUCUGGCGCUGUCCGCUUGUAAAUUCGUCGAGCCGGAGUACACCGAGAGUUACAAAGACUUCAUAUCGGGCAGGAACGACGUGGCCUUAGACGUGGGGGUGGCCAAGCCGGCGCCCCCCAACUCCAUGUGCACCUUCUGCCAGAAACCCAUUCAGAACCAGCAGAUAAGCGUGGCGGCUCCGCGUCUGGGCACCUGCCUGUGGCACCCGGGCUGCUUCAAGUGCACGCAGUGCGAAGACCUGCUGGUGGAUUUGGCGUACUGCGUCUACGAGGACCAAGUCUAUUGCGAGAGGCACUAUGCCGAAAAGAUGAAACCCAGAUGCGAAGGCUGUGAUGAGCUAAUUUUCAGUGGUGAGUACACCAAGGCGAUGAACAAGGACUGGCACGGCCAGCACUUCUGUUGUUGGCAAUGCGACGAGAGCCUGACCGGCCAGAGGUACGUGCUACGCGACGACCACCCCUACUGCGUGUCCUGCUACGAGUCCGUGUUCGCCAACGCCUGCGAGAAAUGCAGCAGGACCAUCGGGAUCGACUCCAAGGACUUGUCCUACAAGGACAAGCACUGGCACGAGGCCUGCUUCCUGUGCACCACCUGCGGGGAAUCCCUGGUCGACAAGCAGUUCGGCUCCAAAGGCGACAGGAUCUACUGCGGACGCUGCUACGACGAACAAUUCGCCUCCAGAUGCGACGGCUGCCACGAGAUCUUCAGGGCCGGAACUAAGAAAAUGGAGUACAAAACUAGGCAGUGGCACGAGAAGUGCUUCUGCUGUUGCGUCUGCAAGGUCCCAAUUGGAACCCAAAGUUUCAUUCCACGUGAACAAGAGAUCUACUGUGCCGGAUGCUACGAGGAGAAGUUUGCCACCCGUUGCAUCAAAUGCAACAAGGUCAUCACCAGCGGCGGCGUGACCUACAAGAACGAGCCGUGGCACAGGGAGUGCUUCACCUGCACCCACUGCCAGAAGAGCCUGGCCGGCGAGCGCUUCACCAGCCGCGACGAGAAGCCCUACUGCGCCGAGUGCUUCGGCGAGCUGUUCGCGAAACGCUGCUUCGCCUGCAACAAGCCCAUCACCGGCAUCGGCGGCACCAAGUUCAUCUCGUUCGAGGACCGCCACUGGCACAACGACUGCUUCCACUGCGCCUCGUGCAAGACCAGCCUGGUGGGACGCGGCUUCAUCACCGACCAGGACGACAUCAUCUGUCCCGAAUGCGCCAAGCAGAAGCUCAUGUAGAUCUGUUCGGGUGUCCCACGUCCAAAUCUGUAACUACGGCUUGCCGUUCGCCAUCGGCCGGCCAAGGCGGGGGCUUAUGGCAUGCUCGUAGGGUUAAAACAGUAUAAAUUAUUUUUUUAAUGUAACACUAUACACUUUUUUUGUAAAACACACAAGACACUCACACGAACACUUAUCUCACACACACAGAUUACACACCGAAAAAAAAAUGUAGAAAACCACAAAAAAAUGUGAGUCAUGUUUUUUGAUGUAAAUGUUGAUUUAUUUUAAUUUUGUUAAAAAUAUUUUUCUAUUUAUAUUGUCGCGAUAUUACUUAGAUUAUGCUUAUUUAUUCUAAAUAAUAAAUUGUUUAUUGAAGUGCAUAAUACUUUAAGGAAUAGUUUUAUUUUUAAUUAUUUUUUUGAAAAUUUUAGCAAUACGGAACAAAGCUGUAAAUUCUAAAUGAACCAGUUGCCUUAAAUUUGUAAUAUCAUAUACAUGUAUAUCUACACUAGUUAGUGUUAUUGGGAAUUUACUUAAUGUUAUAUUUUUACGCUAUUCUCCUCUUCUAUAGAGAAUAUACGUUUUAAAUAAAUGUUCUCUAUAAAGCCAUAUCAAGUUUUAAAGCAUAUGAGAGAGAAUGGGUUUCUGUAAUCUUUUUUUAAAUGUAUAUUGUUGCUGUUUGUUGUGGAUACUAAAUAUGUAUACAGCUUUAGAGCAUUUAUGAAAAUGAGCAAUUUGGUGCUAAUUCAGUAGAGUAGAAUUUAUUAGUUAUUAUUUAAGUUUAGAAGGAUUUUAAAUAUAUAUAUUAUUUUAUUUUAUAAAACUUAUUAUAUUAACUAAAUUGUUAUUAAUAUUUGUUUUAGAUCUUAACAUUUAUGUACAUUUUAAUCAAGUACAUUGUAACUUUUUUGGAUUGUUACAAACUGUUAUGCUUUUUAAAAUGAUAUACAGGGCUUUGCUUUAGGGACAUUGUUAUAUUAUAUUCCUUAAUAAAAUAUUAAAGUGA